UAACGAGUAUCGAGAUACCAGCAGCAGUGAUCAUGUGUUACAAAAUUACCGGCUAUUUUGUCGCCUUAUUGGCUGUCGUCCGCGCCGGGAUCGUUGGCCCGGGUGCAACUGCAGUAGCCGUCGCGCAACAGCCAGCUGCAGCGGUUAUCAGAGCCGAAAACUACGACUCACCUCGGUACAGCUUCGGGUAUAGCGUGGCAGAUGGUCUCACUGGCGACAACAGGGCGCUGCAGGAAGAAACUCGCAACGGCGGCGACGUAGUUCACGGAAGUUACAGCUUAAUCGAGCCCGACGGUUUCCGGCGCCUCGUCUCCUACGCGACCGAUCCUAUCAACGGUUUUAACGCGGUCGUGCAGCGAGACCCCGGCCGCAUCACGGUUAAAACCGCCGCCGCCGACGCAGCUGCAGCGACGGUGCGCCCCGUCGCCGUCGCCGUCGUAGCGCCGCCCGCGCCGUCCGUGAUCGCUGCACCUGCGCCAGCAGCAGUUGCAGUCCGCCCGCAGGCGAUCGUCGUGGGUGCACCCCCGCUGAGGCAGCCGUUCGUCUACGGAUCCGCGCUGGCCGCGACGAACGUCGUCGCCGCGAAUUCGGGACUGGUGGGUGUUGGCGUGGGCCUGGGGAUCAGAUCGGGAUCUCUCCACGGCGCGCAGACCGUCGUCGCGAACGGUUACGGUAGCGGCAGUGUCGUGAAAAUUCACUAAGCAGCAGCAGACAACGGUGGUUCCGCUUCGAUUGACGCUACUAGGCUUUUCCCCAACAAUCAGAAAUAAUCUUCGUCCGUUCUCCUGCGCAUCACGAUCUCCUUAUACACGUCGCAUAAUCAUUUAUAAAAAAAAGGUAUAUCUAAGAAAUGUAGAUUAUAUGUAUACAAAGAAUAUCGCUAUUAAAAUGCGAGAUACUUACAUGGAAAGAACAAUUUUGCUGGAAGAUUUAAAAAAUUGGAUCUGAAAAUAAUUUUGUUAGAAACUCAAAAAUGAUAAGCAUUGCUAUAAAGCGUUUUGAUAUUAUAGCACUCAAUUUGACUCUUCAACAAAAUUAUUUUGAUGAUCCAGCAAGAAUUAUUUUUAGAUCUGUAUUCAACACAAUUUUUAAAUAAAAUCGUUCUUUUCGUGUACGAUUGAAAUAAAGUUCUUCGGUAAAGAUAAA